CUGGCAGAGCGCCUCCUCCCCCGCUUUCGCUUCCGCGGCUGCUGUUUCGUUCUUCGCCACUCGAGGGGGGUGCCCCCGGACCCUCUUCUGUCUUUCUGGAGGCCAGGCCCAGGAACCCUUGGAGCCUCCACCGCGGCCUCGAGGCGUGGGGCGUGAUCCUCGGGCUAAUCUAAUCCCACCUUUGCGCCCGCCAUCCUCCCGUUCGCCCGCGGCUCCGCAGUCCCUGCCGGCCGCAGUCCCCGAGCUCCUGGCUGUGGCGGCGGCGAGGAGCAAGACCCCAGUCCAGAGCCAAGUUUUUAGGCCCGUACUGAGAGUGGCGCUGCCUUCAGACUUCCCACUUCGGAGUCCCGAGCGAACGCUCACGCCCAUCUGCAUGGACGGGCACGGCCCCUAGAUUGUGGUCAGCUCCCGGCCCAGGGAGCACUCAGAACCCGGCGCCGCCGCCGGCCCGCAGUGCGUCCGGGCCUCACCUGCACUGGGUUCUUUUCUCACUAGCGAGGAGAAGCGAUGAGCACCCCGGAGGUUGGCGAGCGCACAUGGCUCCUGUUCCCCCGCCCGAAGCAGUCGACCAGCUCCUGUGUGCCUGGCCGCGGGGCCUCUGGUGGCAGCCAUGUGACUUGUCCUACCUGCCGGGGCAGGGGGAGGAUCCCCCAAGAGCUGGAGAAGCAGCUGGUGGCCCUCAUCCCCUUUGGGGACCAGAGGCUGAAGCCCAGGCGCACGAAGCUCUUUGUGUCCCUCGCGGUGCUCAUGUGCCUGGUCACCACCUCCUUGAUCAUCUUCUUCCUGUUACCCCGGGGCAUCACUGUGCACCCCGCAGGCCUCAACUCCUCCACGGUGGCCUUCGAUAAGGCUGAUGUCCUGCUCAAUGCCACGGGCAUCUUGAACAUCUCCAACCCCAACUACUGGCCCAUCACCGUGAGCCAGCUGACCGUCCAGGUCCUGCACCUGUCCCUCGUGGUGGGCCAGCUCUCCAAAGGCCUCCUGCUGCACGUCGGCCCUCUGACCAGCGAACAGAUGUUUUAUGCUGUGGCCAGCAGGAUUGAAGAUGAGAACACGUACAAAAUCUGUACCUGGCUGGAAAUCAAGGUCCACCACGUGGUGCUCCACAUCCAGGGCACGGUGACCUACUCCUACUUGGGCCACGUGGAGGAGCGGGUCUUUGAGAGCUUCGAGUAUGCAGACUGCCGGGGCAAGACGGUGCCGCGCCAGCUUGUCCUGGAGACCCGAAGCGCCAUGGCACCCACGUCUGUGCUGAGUGAUAAGUGACCUGGGGAUGUCCUUGUGGACUCUUGGGACCACAGCCACAGAUGUGGCCCCUGCAGCUGCUCCACCCUGGCUGCGCAGCGAGGCAGUGGGGGUGGGCCACCACACAGAAGAACCUUGGGGCCCUGGCCUUCUGUCCUCCUUCCCAGCCAGCGACUGUCCCCGGACCCUCGGGGCCACUGUGUGCACCUGAUCAUCCCCUUCCCGGGCAGGAUCCCAGUUAGAGGGAGGAGCUUGGGUCAGCGGCGCAAGGCCAGCCGCAGGGGCCCACGUGCACACAAGCCGGGGCUCAGCCCUGCUCCCAGAGCCCUCCGCAGUGCUUCCUUUGCCAGACCCGGCUCUUGCUGUCCCUCAGCCACACCCUGAGAACCCCAGCCCCCAGGGACCUCUGCCCAGCAGGGAUAAGAAUCGCUCCUGAAGGCCCCACGACCCACGUCACUCGCGGGUGGUGGGACUGGGGUGACCGCCGGGCCUGUGAGGGGAGGAGGAGUUGAGGCUGGGGGCUGUCAAGUACUCAUAGUCACUAAAGCACACCAGCGGCACGUGCAGUGCGGCCACCUGGAGGGAGCCUGCUGUUGGGUAGGCACUGAGGCUGAGAGCCCCCAAGUCCCCCUGAACGAACGGCGCAACCCCAGGCCUUCGUCCUGAGCGCCGUCCCCAGCCCAUUGCUAGAGAUGAGAGCGUCCCACUAAAUCACUAGGUUGCUAGCCUGAACUGGCCCUCCCGCCUCAGCCUCCCGGGGUGCUGCCUGUAACUCCCCUGCUGCUGAGCAGCAGCUUCCAGGUGCAUGGUGCUGCCCUCCCUGGUGCCCAGCGCCCCUCGGGAGGCCCCUGUGGUGCCCGGGACCUGGGUGCUGACCGCAGUGACCACAGCCAUCCUCAGGAUGGGGAAGAGAGGACCCGGGGCUUGGGGGUGCAGCUCAGCCGCACAGCACC